CAAAAGUUAGCAUUAGCGCAUUUUAUGCUAAAAUCAUAGUUCAAAUGCGAUUAAAUAGUUUAUAUAGCUAAAAUCACCUACUGAUUUAGAUUAUUUUAUGAUUUUUUUAAUGGACCGCUGCUAAACACGAUCAUAAAUUAAAUACGGUUUGUAAACAAUACAUAUAAUCCUAUUAGAAGCCGCAACGAAGUGCGGCAGAAAAUCUACCCAGUUUAUUAUUACCAUCUUUAUCCCAAGUCUCAAUCGUUGAGUUAUAAUUUAUAAGUUUGGCGUGACGAGAUUGACAAACGUUUGCUGUCCUUAUAGAAGAAGGGAAUUCAGCUCAUUUAUGGCUUUAUUGUACUGCCUUCCUCUUUUUCCCUCUAGUCUCUCUUUGAUCGUCACCUAUCCUAUGAAUGUUCUUAUUGUUAGACAUUUAGCUAUAGCCUAUAAGUAUUGAUUAAUCGCAAAACCUAAUGAUGUCUCUCUUUGAAUUCUGAAAACCCAUCAUGGAGAGUCAUCAAGUUAUACAUUCCAUCGUCGCCAUAAAAUGUUCCGAUUAAUCCAUUUUUUAGAAGGUGGAUUUCGGACAAAAAAAAGUGAAGAAAUCAUGAUUUGUGAUUGUGAGUUUCUAUCUAAUACUGUGGUCUUUCAUUAGAAUGAAAGAGACUGACGAGAAAGCCUUUUUGAAUUUAGGCAUCUGAAAAUCAAGAUGAAACCUGGUAUUCGUGGUAUAUUAUCUCCAUGUGGAUUUCGUAGGGCUUAGAAGGAUAAAUCCUUUAAGAGACUUGCAAUUUUCUCAUGUGAAAUGGAUUAAAAACACAAUGAAGGUAGGAUGGCAUAUAUUAUUAAUAUUGAGCUUUUAGUCUGAUCUUCUUUAUUGAACUCGCUACUGCUAUGUAAUUUUUAACGGAAAGAAUACAGUAAAAUCAAAGAUGUGUGUCUUUGCUUCUCAAUCUAUGAAGUAUAAAAAAUUUAGUAAUAAUUAACAAAAGGUUUCCACACCCUUUCCAUUUAUAAUUGUUAACUUUUGCUUCUUUUACCCUAAUGCAGGAGGGACAGCUUCAUAACUCAUAGGGCAUUCUGCGAUGCCCUAACUGAGGAACACAACAACAACAACGUCAGCACUUUAAACCCUCCACCAACUCAUGUAAUGAUCAAUUCAUCACAAACUCAACCAAAUAAUCACGAUAUUAAUAAUAAUAAUAAUAAUAUUGUUAUUAAAAACAUUAUUACCUCACCACCACAAAUUGACCAUUUUGACCCUCUAGACACCAAGAUCAACCCUUUCAUCGUGACCUCUUCACCAAGACCAACCCCAUUUUCAACUGCCGACAAUUACUUUUUUACCCCUACAACCUCCACCGCCAAUACUACACCUGCUCCUAGCCUCUCCUCCGCCACCUCACCACCAUCCUCCCUCCACCUCACCACCAAUUUGUCCCCACUCUUCCCUCAUCCCGCCAGCUCAGCAUCCAUGUCAGCCACCGCGCUUCUUCAGAAGGCCGCCCAGAUGGGGUCCACGCUCAGCAGCGUGGCGCCAAAACAGCUUGGCAGCGACCAUCAUCAAGGAUUCAUGGACCAAUUCUUCCACGUGGCGGGAGGAGGAGUACUAUUCAACGGGAACUUGCCAGGCUGUCACACCGGCUUCUUCGACGACGGCGAUAGUGAUAAUAGUAACGCUACCGCGUUGUUGAUGAACAACUUUGGUGGCGGGGAUGUGAUGACGACGGUUGACUUCUUGGGGGUUAAUACUAAUGGUGGGCCGGCGCCGUCUUCUACGUCGACAAUUGCGAGGAUUAAUAAUAUAGUUCCGGGGUUUUCGCCGCCGAUUUGAUCGAAGCACUACUUUCGCCGGCGCAUCCACGCACGGAGGGCAUUAGUUAUUAUUUUAUUAUUAAUAUUAUAUAUAGUAAUCGGAAAAGUUGGUUGAUUAACUAAAGUAGUGAAUUAGUGAUCAUCAUUUACUUUUUUCAGUUUCGUUUGGUGAUUUAAUUUUUCGGAGCCUAGCAUUGUCCUGCUAAAGAGCGGACCGGAUCGCCGUUCAUAUAUAUAUAUAUAUAUAUAUAUGGAUCAGCGGCGGAUCCAGAACACAGUAGAGCACUGGGUCGCAUUUCAAUAUAAUAUUAUAUAUCGUAAACAAAAAUAGUUAAUAUUUUUAAAUUUAAGUAUUUCAAAUAAAAAAUAGUUACAAGAUUACCAACGAUAACAAACAAAUGACUAAUAUUUUGAUGCGUUACAAAAUAUUUAGCUAAUAUUUUGUAUUUCGAAAGGUUUGGCUAAUAAUUUGGAAAGACUAAAAGGUUUAACUAAUAAAUUGUAUUUACUCAAAAUUAGUUUUCACAUAUUUCAUUGCUUAAAAUGUUCUCUCCAUGGUAGCCGCUGAAACGGGCAAGGUCAACACUAGACGAAUCAACCCACAAAUCAAUUUGUUUAGAGGGUUUUCUUAUUUCAAUGAAACUUUAUACAUUCUUUUACAUUUUAGCCUUUUAGGUUUUAUUGUUUUUUUUUCAAAUGAAAAUUAUUCGGGCUAGAAUUCCUAAACUAAAUUGAGAGUAAUGAUUUGCAUAUGUUCAUCUAUACAAUUUUUCUAACUACACAAAAUUAUUAUCAAAUAACACUCGACCGACCAUUAAAUAUACUGGCCCGAAUACCUAAAUCGAAAAAUUUAUAAGCUCUAUACUAGCUCUGAAUCCAGCGAAGGGCUGGGCCGUGGCCCGGGUUGGCCCAGCCCUAGAUCCGCCGAUGAUAUGGAUGAAUUCUUCUUAAUUAGUAGUGCAACUUUCAUACCUGGUUUGUGGUAAGUAUGGGCAUGUUGGCCAUACUUGUACUUGUCCCGUGUCAGAUUGGAUAAUUUUACUAGAGGGUACAGAUCGUAACAGAUCAAUUCAUAUAAGUAUGUAAUUUAAAAAAUAUAUAUUAAAAUGUUCAUUUCUCAUUGAAAAGCUGAGAAACAAACUAUAAUAUGGUAUUAAAUUAUUCUAGAAAUUGAGUUUCUCAUUUAUUUACAACUUCUUUAUAACUAAAAUAUGCGGUCAUAAUAGUAAAAUCAUUAACAAUUUGAGUAUAGUUACAUGUAAUUUAAACGAAAGCAUGUGUAGAAUGGGACAGGUUUGGUCGAAAUCUUCACCCCUAGUGGUAGGACACCGUAUUGUUUGUUGAAUUAAAAAUUACCUCAAACCCAACUGUUUAUGCCCCGUAACCCCCUUCUUACGUCUUGUGCUCCUGUCUCUCUCGUCCGCUUGCACAGCCGUUUAUGCCCCGUAACCCCCUUCUUACGUCUUGUGCUCCUGUCUCUCUCGUCCGCUUGCACAGCCGUCUUCCUGCACCCACACAAGCGCCUAGCGGACCGAAUUGGUGCGUUAGCACUCCAACGCUCAAGUGAGAACCUACAUUUUAGAGAGAGAAGUGAAGGAACAGUUCUAGUAAGAGAAGCAAAACUGAGUAAAUGAGGUUUACCUAC